CUGUAACUCGUGUCUAAUUCCUGCCGAAGCUGGAUGUUACCAUGACCGUGAAGGCAGCAUCAGAAAGUUCAGGCCGUGCAGACUCAUCCCAGCUGGAGGCCGAAGGGAAGCUGCUAUAGUUAUAACCUCAUGCAAAUGUCUCACUUCACGAUAGCUAGCCUGAAGUCCUGUUUUCACCAACCAGAACUUAUAUGAGCGCUUUUUAAGUUACCUCAGAGUCGAAAACUAGUAUUUUACGAGGGGAUUUUUUUUUUUAUUCCUAUUUUAUUUAUGCGAUUCAAAGAAUAAAUGUUUGUUCUGCAGCGCUUUUUGUUAAUCAUUGACGUACUGUUGUCUAAACAAAACACGCGUGAUCGGGAAGAAUCGAUAGGACAGUACGCAGCCAGUGCACGUUUUAUUUGCCUCCUCCUGCAUUAAUCAUAGUUUAACACUUAUCUUCAGUGUAAAUCAGGCAUGCACCACCGCAUAUGGUAAAAAAAAAAAAAAAUCAGCCGCGGCUCGAGUCGGUGUGAGUGUCCUCUCUCCGUAUUUGUUGCGCCCUCGUCGUCUGCAGCUGCUCACAAAGCGCCGAGCGGGGCCGCCGCAGCUGCCCGACAGAGAAGAUGGGGUCCGCGGGUCACAUGUGCUGGGCGCUGCUCGCAGUGGUUCUGCUGGGGCUUCAUCACUCCGCCGGCUUCUGGAUCGUCAACGUCGUUUUCCCACCCAGCACUAAAACCAAAAUACCGAGCAACAACACUUCGCCGCUCAUCAUAGUGCCUGGGAACUUGGGGAACCGACUCGAAGCCAAAAUAGACAAACCAACGUUGGUUCACUGGUUCUGCUACAAGAAAACUGAAAACUGGUUUCCUCUGUGGAUCGAUCUCAACAUGUUCAUGCCAAUAGGUGUGGACUGCUGGAUAGAUAACAUCAGACUUGUUUACAACAGGACAACACGACGCUCAUCCAACUCUCCAGGGGUGCAGGUCAGAGUUCCGGGAUUUGGGGAAACCUACUCCAUAGAGUUUCUUGACUACAACAAACUGGCAGGUUACUUUCAUACUACGGUGGAACAUUUGGUCAACGUCGGCUACGUCCGGAACGAGACGGUCCGUGGCGCGCCGUACGAUUGGAGAUUAGCACCAAAUGAGAACGCAGCCUAUUUUCUAAAGCUGCAGGAGCUGGUUGAGGAGAUGUACAACCAGUACGAGAAACCAGUUUACCUACUGGGACACAGCAUGGGCUCCCACUACGUCCUCUACUUCCUCAACCAUCAGCCGAAGCCCUGGAAGGACAAGUACAUCAGGGGUUUUAUUUCCCUUGCAGCUCCAUGGGGGGGCGCUGUUAAAGCACUCAGAGUUUUGACCUCAGGUGAAAACGACGGCAUCCCGAUGCUUUCCAACAUCAAGAUCCGCGAGGAGCAGAGGAUGAUGACCACUAAUCCCUGGUUGCUGCCGUCAGAGGAGGUUUGGCCAGAAGACCAUGUUUUCAUCUCCACUCCAGCCUUCAACUACACGCAUCGGGACUUCAAGCGUCUUUUCACAGACAUCAGCUUUGAGGAUGGCUGGCACAUGUGGGAGGACACCAAGAACCUCACCAGUGCUCUCCACCCGCCCGGCGUAGAGGUGUGGUGCAUGUACGGCGUGGGGCUUCCGACACCCGUAACCCAUAUUUACAACGAGGAGUUUCCCGACGGGGACCCGGUGGACUUUGUUUACGCUGACGGGGACGACACGGUGGACAGCUUCAGCAUGGGCUUGUGCAAGCGCUGGGUGGGGCAGCAGGAGAAGCCCGUCCACGUGACGGAGUACAGGGGCCUGGCCCACCUAGAUAUGGUGUUCCAUGAGAAAGUGCUCAAUCAGAUCCAGCAAAUCCUGGAGGGUAAAUCCGAUGUGCCCAAAGAGGUCGACGUCCGGUCAGAUGUUAUAUAGCAGAUGUUACAGUGCUGUGUUUGAUGUAACUGGAUUCCUGUGUAUACAUGUAAAAAUAAGCAUAUUUGGUCACUAUGUUCAGCUAUAAAUUGUUCUGGACUGAAGGAGUCUGACUCUGACCUUCUCAUUUAAACUAAAGUGUUGGUUUAUCUGUGCUCUGUUUAUUCCCACAUAUAUAUGUAUAGUGGCCAACUGUUUUAGAUCAGCAUCAAAUCAGUGUUAUUUUUAAAGCAUAUGUUCCACAACUCGAAGGUAACAGCUGUUUUUGUAAUGUACGUUUUCUGUAGGGUUUAGUUCAGAGAUAAAGCGGAAUACAUUUGGACAGCUUAGAUA